AAAAGCACAUAAAGAAAUUCGCUGGAGUAUACGAUGGUUCAAGUAACAAACAUUCAGAGGUGAAAUUAUGUUGUGUGAAUUAGUGAUGUUCAGUAUCUUGCUUGAGCAAGUACUAAACUGAAUAAAUACAUAAAACCAAUACAUAUUAUUAAACAUAUCGUGUGCCACAUGAUUAGCAUUGUUUCGAAUAUAACCACCGUUGAAUCGGAUAUGACAAAAAAAUAUCGCAAUUGGAAGUUUGCUAAAAAUGAGUAAACUCGUUGAUGGGAUUGAGCACAGUAAUGGAAAAUAAGUUCACUCAAUCAAUAUAAUUAUGUCGCCGCUAUUUUAUAAAAAGCAUUUUAAUUUAACAUUGGGCUUGGGUAAUUGUAUAAUUGAUGAUUGCUUCAGUUAUGCUUUUGCUAUGUUUUGUUAUAAGACGCGUAAUACCUAGGAGCACACAUUUCAUAUGUUGCAAUACGAAUUUCUUUAGAUAACUGUCGGAUUUGUUUAGAGGAAACAUUCUGGCAAUUUGAGGUUUAAAAAAACAAACAUGUAGAAUAUUAUGCCAAACUGAAUCAUGGUUUUCAAUCAACGUUACUAUUACACUUCCGAAUAGCAGACUCGUAGAAUUCGGGAUUUCUGUUGAAUAAAUAAAAAAAACUGAAACGUAAGUGCCAAACAUAAUGUAAUAGAUUUAGGCAAUAGAAGAGAUGGAGUUGAUUUCAGCGAAACCAUCAUGUCGAUAUGCUCGCUGGGAGAUUUGCAAGGUCGAAUGUAAAAUUUUCAACUAUUUGUUUGUGUAAGUUAUGUAACUUUCAGUGUAGAGAUACAGGCCAAAUACUGCGAAGACUACUUGCGAAAAGAUGGCAGUUUUCAAUCAAUGCCAAUUCCCAUAGCUCAUAUGGGGAAAAUGGAAGGUAAUCAGGUAAAAGCAGAAGUCCAAGGUUUUUUGGGUUUUCAUCGUAUAACGAUUCUAAGAGCAACAUCAAUUAUUGUAAAAACUUAAGUUUUGCUAUAAGUCAUAUCAACUAAAACAAUCGUUUUUCAUUCUGAGGUUAAUGCUAAAUGACGUGCACUAAAUAAUAUUCACAUACGAGCUAAAAAGUCUAUACUGUUAGUCGAAUGAAUAUCAGUCUCAAAUCGGAUUUAUUUUUAUAUUUUAAUUGAUAUUAUUAAAAAACCACGGAAUUGGUCGAAAAUAUAUACAUUUUUUUUUCUCAGCCCUAAUAAUUCCCAAUUUUUACUCUUGUGAAUUUGAACACACUUCCAAUUAUAUUUUUCAGAGACGAGCUAAUGUCUGGCUUUCUUGUAUCGGAGUACAUGCAAUUAUAUUAUACCCAGUGUCAUAUUCAUAUCAUGAUCAUAUUUUGAACGUUUUACCCUUGCCAAAAACACGAAACGAAUGUAUAUCAAAAAUGUUGAACAAAGCAAUAUGCUGCAUAGCAAUGGCUGCCAAGUAAAAUUAAUUUAUGACAGUCAGUUUGCAAUAAUACGUUUUUUCUUCACUUUUCAGAGGAUUUUUUUAUUUUAAUUUUAAAAUUUUAAACAUUCUAAAAAGAAAAUUGUUACAUGAGAAGCUAGUAACGUGAAGAAUGAUUGCUUAAAUGCUCCCAUUAGCAGCUAUGGACGAUGGCAUUUCAUCAUUGCAUUUUAAUUAUUAUUUAAAAAGAAAAUAUAUUUUUUUACGAAUCUGCAAAUAGCAUUUUAUUAUCUUCACUUCAAUCUAUCGAACGAUCUUUUUCUAGAGAAGUUCUCAAACGAAUUUAAAAAAUAGUUUAAAACAAAACCAAAAAAACGGUUGCUAAGAAUAAUGGUCCGUUUAACGCAUACAAUUUUCAUAAUACAGACACCAUUUUUGAAUCCUCUUUUUUGUAGAUCAUGUAUUUCUCUCCUGAUAUUAAAAUGUCUCGCCGAAUAUGACUAAAAAUACAAGCAACAGUCGAUUUUCAGAAGUUUACCUCACUUCAUACACAUUAUUACACUACAUAGUGCACUGAAUGGGUUUUAAAAAGGUUAUUGUUUGCAAGGAAGAGUAAAAUAAUACAGAUUUGAUUACACCUUCCCGUCACUCAAUUCGACACAUCGACCAACUUGGAGUGAAUGUUUUGCAAAAGAAAGUCAAACAUUUGUUUUUGACUGAGAUUUAGUUUAAAAAAACGUACUCGACAAGACUAUAAAGACAUAUGAUCAUAGUAUAAGUGUGUUUCACCAUGAUGCUAUUGUUAGGGACUUGCAUGAUAACGUAGCGUUGCUACUUGUUUGGGAAGGUGUAGGUAUCGCAUUGUAGGACUAAUAAAAUGUUGAUUAAAGAUUUCACGAUUACCGCAUGACCUUCAUGGUUGCACCUGGUUAACGGGAACCGGUGUGGAUAACGGCAAAAAUUAAUCCAACUAGUAAUGCAUAGAUCAUUUGAAUUAAGAAAGAGUAGAAUCGAUGCGGAUAAAGGUUAUUGAACUGCAAUCCUGAUAUCACAACAUAUAUGAAAUGAGACAAAAAAAUAAGAAGUGACAGGGAAACA